UCUUUAAAUACAUGCAACAGUCAUUAUUAUCUUCAAAACCUCCUGUGUUUGAUUAGGGCGGCACAUUUAACUAAGUUCUAACCUUUCAUCCGGUCUUAAUUCACUUCCACAGAUCUACAAGAGGAGAGUGUUUGAUGAUGAAGCUCCACCUUGUUUCUCCUUCUACUUGAGGCGAACAAGUUCAGCAGAAAACUGGAUGCCACAAGUGGAGGAAACUCACAACUCGCUGCUCCUAUUCCUUAUCCAUCCAUUUGUCUUAAGAGUUUCUCUCUCUCUGUUCAUUUUCACCAUCACCAUGAGUGCUGUCUUCUCCCACCCCUUCGUAGACCAGCGGCCCACCUACCUAAACAGAGGCAGCAGCCUGCCGUAUGGUCUGUCUCCCUCUAGUGGCUACUCUGAGAACCGCCCAAACACCCACUCCGACCGCCUCCACUCUGGCUCUGACCCUCUGGCCCACACAGUGCCCUUCCUCCUCUACCCCACCACAAUGGACCCUGGAGGCCUCUAUGAAGCCUCGUUCCGGGGCCCCGGAGGCCCCAGUCUCCUCCCGUACCUGUCCCCAUUCCACCACGGGCACUUUGGGGUGUACGAGUGCCCCUUCGAGCCAGCGUUCAUCCAGAAGCGUAACGAGCGGGAGCGUCAGAGGGUGAAGUGUGUGAACCAGGGCUAUGCCAAGCUGAGGGACCACCUGCCAGGGAGUGCCAGUGAGAAGAGGCUCAGUAAAGUGGAGACACUGAGGGCAGCAAUUAAUUAUAUUAAAUACCUGCAGGGGCUGGUGGAGGGGCAGGGUAAAGGCAGAGAGGUGUAUGAGGGGGGACAGGUGUGCCACAGCCCCAGUUCUGCCCACCGUAGGACGGAGGACUCGGACCACAGCAAUGGGGGGUCACCUCGCUCUCUCUCAGACUCCUCCUCUUCCUCAGCGGGGAGAGACUGUGAGGAGUCAGCGGGCUCUGGGACCUAGAUGAUUGUGGGUAGUGUAGUUUGUGAGCGAGACUGUGGAUAGACGUUUGUGGAUUGAGGUAGGACUUCCCUCUCUCCAAGGACUGCUCACGAAAAGAUCAAACCCUGAGUACAAAGAUAUAUAAUUUAAGACUUUUCCAGUAGAUACUAUGUUUUAUAUUGGCAAUGUGUCUUGUUUUUUUUUGCCACUGAAAUGUUUUACCAAACCCCUUUCAGAAGCUGAUUAUGUUAAAGAAGAUGUCAUGAACACUUCAGAUUUGAAGAUAAACACCUGAAACUCAGAAAGCAAUCCCAGCUAGCACAUAACGUUCUGAGAACAGCUCUACGUUUUUAGAGCUUGGUGAGACCGUGGUUGUCCUAUGGUUAUUUUGCACACAACCUUCCAUCAACUCUUUGGGAAUGGUGUAUAGUUGUUUGGCUUUGGAAUAGUCUCUGCUAAUUUGAGGAACUUGAUAAAAGAAAAUCUUAGUAUUUCAUUAUAUUAAAAGAAAGUUUCCGAAAUGGUCAAACAGGGUUACAUUUCAUUUCAAUUUUGGUAAUUAUCUUGGAAUGUUCUCUAAAUGUUCUCUAACUGGUUUGACAUUGGGAAUGUUCUCAACUAGUUCAGAGAAUGUUGAGAAACAAUGUUCUUCUGUGGGAAUUUUAGUACUUUAGCAUAGCCUUUCUUACAGGUUUCCUCAUGGUUCUAUUUAAAGUCACGGUCUCAAAUUGUUCACGAGAAAGUGUAGAAAACUUUCCAUAAAAAAAAACACAAAAACAUUUGAUGCUGAGAACAUAUACAUUCCAUAUACAUUCCAUUCUCGGCCUCAACAACAACAACAACUCUCUCUAUCCACUAUCCUGUUAAGUGUGUUCAGGUGUGUUGGCUGCGCCCACUAAUUGGCCAUACCUGAUCUUAUUGAGUGCUUUUUUCCUUUGAAAUGGGGUAGGUUUGAACAGGCUAAAAUAAAAAGCCUUGUAUGCAUAAAAAAACAAAGCAUGCUAGCUCCAUUCUGGUGGAGCAGUAGACUCAUUCCAUAGAGAAGAGUAGAGAAGAGAAGAUUAUAGGUUUGAAUCUCACUAAAUAUAUAUUUUUAAUCAUAAAUAUGUUUUCAUGAUUAAUGCCUAAGGAAAGGAAUUUCCAUGUGUCCUAAUUGUGCUUGGAUUUCAAGAAUUUAACCCAAAAUAAACUAGCAGUGUUAUUAAAAUACUUUCAGUGAAAGUUUUAAGGAAGUUAUUCAAAAACCUCAAAAUAACCUAUAAUUUCAGUUCUCAGAGCGUUAACAAAACCUCCCAGGAAAACGUUCAAGGAACCAGAUUAAAAUGUUCUCAGAACCUCACUGCAACCUAAAAAGAAACAUUCCCAGAACAGUCAAAAUGUUCACUUCUGUUCUCAGAACGUUUAAAAAACGUUCAGUUCCUACAACCAAUGUGAAACUAAAAACAUACGUUUCCACAACUUCCAAGGAUCCAAAUGUGUUAAUUGGGACGACUUCAAGUAUGCAAUGUUUAUUGUGUUUCAUAAUGAGAAACUGACCAUUGUAGCAGCACAUUACUGUUAUCAAAUGAAACUGCAUUUCCCAAAACAAACUGUAGUUAAUUCUAUUACAGCGCAUGAUAUCUUUUGGAAAUUUCAGGUGAUAUUAAG